AUGUCGUCGUUUGAGCAACUUUUUGGAUCUGCAGCGCUCGAUGUCGUCGCUCCCGAUACCUCAGUAGAAUAUCCACCCUCAGCCUCGGCGGAUGACUGGCUGUCUCGACUCAGGUCCCCAAGUUCUGAGAGAAAACUGGCUUUCUUUGAUGAACAGAUGCUUUCCUACUUGACGGUCAGGCUGCCCCAUCUGACUAGUUUUCCAGCUCCCGAUGCACACAACCCACCGCAUGACCUGCUCAUGUUUCUUGCACAUCUGCAGAUAUCACUGGAGGCAUCAUAUAUCUCUUCUGUACCAGCUUCUGACUCUUCGAAUUCAAUCAGACUAUCGGCUCCACCUCGACUAUCAAAAAUGGGUUCGAGGCACCACCCGUCGAUAUUUCCUCCAAGUACCCCGAAUCCAACACCCGCCGCUGCUGAUACUGACCGCAGAUACCUCAACUCAGACGGUACAAUCUUGCUGACGAGCAUAUGGGGACAGAAUACGGUUGAUGACUCCUCUGAGGCAUUUUUGCUGCUGUGGUCCCAAGUUGAGAGGGCUUGGAUCGCUGUAUAUCGUCUGUCCUUCAUUGUUGCUUUCAUGCGUCUCACACAUACAGAUCCUCUGUUAUGUCUGACCAUCUCCACGACACUUCGGGAAAAGCCAUUGGCGCUGGGCCAGCCCAAGAAUCCUCUCACUCUGUAUCUCUCCUCUCUUGAAAACUUUACCGCAGAUCCUGAUACUCCUACCACCACAACAACGCCAGUAUCAGAUCGAGGAUAUGGACUGGGAAGGUUCAGGGAGGUUAAUAUGCUAGAGGGUCUCAUUGCAGGCCCUACCUUUUCUGCAUUAAGUGUAUCCCUGCCAACCUCUCGCCUUGGCUCCGAUUCUCGUCAAAAGUUGUUUUCCUUGCCACCAGUUUCCCCUUUAACGCCUACCACGCCUACACCCUCACCGCUGACUGCCACGCGUAUCGCCCAUCCAACGCUGCGCAAAUCAUUCCGUAAGACACUAAAUACAGUGUCUGGGUUUCGUGUGCGAAUGCGGACCAUCUUCGUGCCUGCAAUCCUACUCCCUGAAGCGGACACGGAUCAGGAUGAACAGCGAGAGCGUCGCGAAGCAGGGAAUGAGGAGCGGACAGUUGUACUAUGUCUCGAAGUGGAGAACACGGGAGAAACAGAUCCUGAAGUCGGAUUCACCAUUGAAAAGGUUGAUGUCAAGGUUGGUGGUGAGGGUGCUAAAGCUAUCCUAGUUGGAUGGGAUGAGGGACAAAGCAGGGGAGACUCUGUCUUUCCGCUUUCAAUCGCCUCACGAGAGCAGUAUAACCUGCUGUAUGCCGUCUCUUUCCUACGCUCCCCAGAGGAAGUCCAAGGCCUCACUUCUCUUUCGGUGAAUGCAUAUAGUAAGGAUGAGAACAGUGAUGAUCAACUGCAGAGAUCGGUGACGAUCAAUAUCUUUGGAAAGCCCUACAUGCGCGAUUCUCAAGACAAAUCCCACCCGACGGAUACAUUUGUAUCAAGGUGGAAUUGUGUUUUGGAUCUUUCCACGCGAAAAAACAGAGCCGUAAUCGAUAAUACAGAGUCUGGCUUGAAGAAUGCCGAAGUACUUCCUGAGCCACCUUCACCGUUCCCUGUGACGACGUCGAGUACCACGCCGCGAAGGGGAUCGUUAAGUGCAUCAUAUAGAUCAUCUCACCUUACACCUCCACUCACUCUGUCCAACGUUGGACCUAAGCGACACACUUUGCCAAGUGGUGGCCUGGCUAGUAGCCAUUUAGCAACCAAAUUAUCCUCGCCUUCGCCUACCCCGCCGUCACAAUCCAGCCGUUCCUCUACCCCCACCUUGAUACCACCUCCUCGACCGUCUUCAUACUCACCUCUUCCGCCAUCUAUGUCCCUUCAGAUUCCUCGCUCUCCUACAACAUAUGAGCCUCCCCCACCUCCCCCACCAGACACGAAACCGCGACCGCCGACAACCCCUGCGUAUCCUGCUUUCCCUGAAAGUCCCGCUCUCCCACCAACACCUGUAUCUCAAGCUCCUCUAGCUUCUCAUAUACAUAUAGGUCCUAAUGUGGAUAUUCCGAGGGAGAGACAGAUGGGGACUGUGCCUCCUACGCCUGGUCCCAUAGUCCACGCCGGGGAGGAACAGGGAGGGGGAGAACAACAGCACGGACAGGAGUCAAUUGUUGUCUCUGUCGGCUUGUUAUCGAUCAGUGACAAUGAAAUAAAGAAUGAGGAGGACCCGAGAAUUUUUCCGAUGGGAAAGUUCACACUGGAUAUAUUUGUGUAUAAUAGAUCACGAUGGACUAGGAGGUUUGAAGUUAGCUGUCCAGAUCGCAGGAACAGACGACGUAGAGGUGAGGAAGGCAAAACUGCCUUUACAUCGGGGAUCCUGCCGUUGGAGAAUAGAGUUCGCAUCGGCCCUCUACUUCCGACGGCUUGUCAGUCUGUACGAAUGAAGUUUCUGGCGUUAACAUCAGGCAUACACACGAUUGAUGUUCUAACCUUGACGGAUGUAGAGUCCGGAUUUUCGACAAACUUGAGGCGUGUUCUUCUAUUAUCAGAUUCAAUUUAG